AUGGAGGAUGUUGUUACCUCGCAACCAGUAAACAACUCCAGUCCAGUCCAGUCCAGCCCCCGAGAUUCCGAGCGCCAGCCCACGCAACACCGACGACGUGCGCCCCUCCUCGCGCGUUUCCACUCUGUCUCCGCGCCGUCGCCACCCCCAACCCCCCGACCCCAGCCCGCCCGUCCAACCCCCGGUAACCCCGCACCCGCCGACACGCGGGCCCCGCCGGCCGCGCGGCUCACAUGCGUGCGCGUCCCCCGUACAAAACGAGCCAGCCACUGCCGCUGCCGCUCGGGAGAGAAAAAUAUCUUUUUUUACGGGGCCGCGGGGUGCGUUUCCCCCGUCUCGAGGUAUAAAUCCGUCAAUCGGCUGCUGCUCCUUUUCCACUUCGAUUCGCCGUCUCCUCCUCCUCCCCCCUUCCCCUCCGUCUCGCUCCUCGCCCUUAUCCCCGUCCCUUUCCCCUUCCUCCCACCCGCAGCCGACGAAACUUUCCCCACGCCCCUCGGCGGAUCGGACCGCCGCGCUCCAUCCAUGUCGGAGGAAUCUGGUCGCCCUUUGCCCAAGUUUGGCGAAUGGGACGUCAACGACCCAGCUUCUGCUGAUGGGUUCACUGUUAUAUUCAACAAAGCCAGGGAUGAGAAAAAGGCUGGGAAUGGACAAGAUACCGAAUCCCCUUGCAAAGAUGCCAGGACUGAGAGGGUGGAAUCUUAUGCCACCAAGGCAAAUUCAAAGAAGUGGUUUUGCUGCGUGACACCAAGUCCUACACAAUCUUGAGGAGGACAAGCGUCGCCCGAAGAAAAAAUGGUUGCGAAAGUAUGGUCGUUUAAUUUUGCUAUAUACAUACUAUCCAUAAGACCUUGUAAGAGGUACCCAGCCCCCCUGGGCAUAUCGCGAUGGGUAUCUCGUAAAACUCUGAAGUGUGUAUGUAUGGUGUGAGGGUUGUCAGACACUCAUUUGGAUAAGUGAACUUCUGAUUGUAAUUCUGGUCUCCUUGUCGGUCUCCUUUUGUGUAGUAGUAGUGGUGAAGUUGAUAUGUGAUUUGAGUCUCGCCUAUUGCCAGAACUGCAUACAUCCAAAAUUCCAAUCCCCACCUGUGAUUUGGCCCAUUA